UGGCAUGAAACAAUGAAGAAGAAGAGGGGAGGAAGAAGAAGAGAAGAGGAGGAAGAAGAAAAUAGUAGAUAUGAGCCCCCUCUAAAUAUUGAGACUAGAUUCGCCACUGGGUGGGCAAGUUCCACCACAAGGAACUUUACCGGCUGCGGUUUGCAGGUUUGCCUUGUCUUUCAGAUUGCACAGGUCAGAUGCCAUGCGGCUAGAUUCUGCCACCAAAUGCUGUACUACAUUUCCUGCUUUAAAUUCAGCACAAACUGAAAAGAGUUUCCCGCGAAGCUUCUCCUCCUAUCAUGUUUUAUGUAGCAAGCUAAUUCUUUCGCCUCAAACGCACCAUGGCAGGUACACCGUCGGAGUGAAUGUGAUCGUCAGCUUCUACUCCAUCGCGCAAGCUUUCGUGGAAACCCGCCGUCUGAUCUCACCGUGGCUGUGGAGCACCUCAUGCUACUGCAUCAGCCUUGUCCUCGAUCAGGUCCUGGCAUAUCUCCUGAUGUCUGCGUCGUCAGCGGCCGCAUCUCGCAACCAUCUGCGGGCGAACGGGUUUGCCAUGGACCGGUUCAGGCGCAACAUCAACGCCGCGGUGUGGUUCUCGUUCCUUGGAUUCCUUGCGCUGGCGGCGCACUCGCUCAUCUCCAUGGCUAAUCUCUUCAGCAGGAUCUGAAUUUGACUGACGAUACAUUGAGACUGUGGACUGUGGAUUACUAUUCCUAACAUUUUCUUGUAUAUGUUAUACCAGUACAUAUUGGUGUGAGUUAGUCGGAAACACAAUGAAUAAAAGAUAUCAAAUCUUGGUACGUUGGUACCAACUACCAAAUUAAUAA